CGAGAUUUUUAAUGUCCAAUUUUAUGACCGUAUAAAUGGGUUUCAUGGGAUCGUAUUAACAGUUGGCUUCAUUUGUGGAUGGCGAGGCAUCUCAAGUUGACCCUGAAUUGUUUCAGUGCGUCUUUGAUUGCAGCAAGGAUGUCACCGUGCUCAAGUUUGGUCUGCGCCUGCGCAGUGUCAAAUGCUCGGACGUUCAGCGAAGUGGGUGGGAUUUGGGUUGUGGUUAGCUUGCUAGCUGAGUGCUCACAGGAACUGUAAACGGCGAUGUUGAUGGGUGUGAUCCUGCGUUAGCUCCACGAUACCUUUGUACAAUACCCGCCGGCAAAGGAGAAAUUCCAAAAGGAAAACUAGCUGACUCUCAGCCGGGGGAGGGUGAAGCUAUAUAGCUGUAUCCCUGGACGGCUGCUCUUGGGCAUUGAACAUCAAGUGGGGGGAACACGGGCGACAUCGAAUAGUAGGAAACCCCAACCACUGCGAUGGCGAGAGACUACGAUUACCUCUUCAAGCUACUCAUUAUCGGUGAUAGCGGUGUGGGGAAAAGCAGUCUACUGCUUAGAUUCGCUGACAAUACUUUUUCAGGUAGCUACAUCACCACAAUCGGGGUGGAUUUUAAGAUCCGGACGGUUGAGAUCAACGGGGAGAAGGUGAAGCUUCAGAUCUGGGACACCGCGGGGCAGGAGCGCUUCCGCACCAUCACCUCCACAUACUACAGGGGCACGCACGGGGUGAUCGUGGUGUAUGACGUGACCAGCGCCGAGUCGUUCGUCAACGUCAAGCGGUGGCUCCACGAAAUCAAUCAGAACUGUGAUGAUGUCUGUCGAAUAUUAGUGGGCAACAAGAACGACGACCCCAACUCCAAAGUGGUGGAGACAGCCGACGCGCAGAAGUUUGCCGAGCAGAUGGACAUUAGGCUAUUCGAGACCAGUGCCAAGGAGAACAUCAACGUAGAGGAUAUGUUUAACUGCAUCACAGAGCUGGUGCUGAGGGCCCGGAAGGAGUCCGUCGCUAAGCAGCAGCAACAGCAGCAGAGUGAAGUGGUUAAACUCAGCAAGAACAGCAAACGCAAGAAAAAGUGCUGCUGACAGACUGGACUCUAAUCAUACUCUUAUUUCACAUAUACACACAUGCAUACACCCACAUGUACACAUGCACGCACAUACAUACACACACACACACACACACACACCACAAAAAACAACAGUGAUGAUGCAGCCACCAUUGAACUGACAGAGAGGGAGAGAGACCCCUGCGAGUGCAAAACCUGACGCCAACACCCAGAGAUGGACUUUACACCCCAGGUCAAAAAAGAUGAGAAAUUUAUCUAUUUAGAGAUUUAAUGGAAAAAAAUGAAAAAAAGAGAAGAGAAACAUGGACUUUUGGGAUCUUAAGGACAUGUACAAACUUCAAGUGUACAGUUUUUAAUCAGGACGGAAAGCAAGCGGAACAGCUCCUAGUCUCCAGGGAGCCCGCGCACCGCACCAACCGUCAAAUUUUUAUGGAGAUGAAAAAAAAAUUAUAUAUAUUUUUUCUGUUCUUGCAUUUGCAUUCAACAUCCACCCCCCCAACCCCAUCCCUCACACAAUACUGUGCCACCUUUACUCCCCAGUGUUGAGGAGAGUGGGAAACCUCUGGCUUCAGGCUCUUUUUUUUUUUUCUUCAGACGUCCCUUGAAAUGCAAAUUUUCUUCUUAGUGGUCUGUGAUUCGUGUCAAUGAUUUUGAAGUGGACUGAACAGAAACAAAAAAUGAAGACAACAGUAGCUUUUUAAAAAAAGGAAAAAGAAAAUGAAUUGGAAUUCUUAUCAGCGAAAAUGGACUCAACAAAGCUGCCAACAUAUGAAAAUCUGCCAUUAUACCACUUCAUGGUUAAUGUCUAUUAUUGGACCCACCCCCAGUCAUGUUGCUAGUUUUGUCCCCUCCUGUGUUUCGUGAUUUUUACACAUUAAAUUAAGACAAACUCCUACCACAUGGCUGUCAUGGACCAGUCUCACUCCAGCCCCCUCCUUCUUUUCCGUAAUUCUCCCUGCCAAUCUCUGAGAGAACGUUAUGCCUUUUUUGUUCUAUCUUUUUCUUUUUUGUAAAUUUGUAUUUUUUUACUAACAAACUACACCACUGUAAAAAAGGAAACAAGCAAUCAAAACAAAUAUGCUUAAUGUAAAAAAAAGAAAGAAAAAAGUGUAAUGGCCCUAAGCUUGUCUUUCGGGCUCACUUGCCACAGAGUCGGACCUGUGAACCUGAGUAGAAUAGCGCCAGAACUUUUAACUGUUAAUAAUCCAGGACACUGGAACCUGCGCAUUAUGAGGAGUGCUAUAGCAACAGCGGACCCCCUUUCUUAGUGUUCUUCGCAUGGGUUCUUGUAGGAGCAGAGCCGUAGAGCCGUGGUUCUCUGUGGUAAUUGCGUUAGCGGUUGAUGACGAGUGAGUUGGAGUUUUGGGUUCUGCAUAUGUGUGGCUGACAAUGGUGUCACUCUAGACAUGCGUUUCAGAAGAUAUGUGUGUUCAGAUGACUGAAGGGGGAAUCAUUGUCCCUUUUUUGGGCCAUCCGUAACAACUUGUAAGCCUUUUAAGCCCAAUUCACACAAGACCUUUCAUUGGAGACGUACAUGGACUGAGAAAUUACACACACAAAUAUGCUUGCAUUUAGUCGCACAUGAAUUGGAUGCGUCGGCAGUUGGACCUGGAUGCCAUGUCUCGUUUCACUCCAAGGCUCCAAAAGUCUGUAAAAGCUGAGUCACCCCCAAAAAACACCAGCACUUAUUCUGGGAGAGAUCACUGUGACUCCAUCAGUAUACAGAGGGUUGGCUUGCUUGUUUUGGGACCAGAGGGUAUUCUGCAAAAUGUGGAUUAUGUGACAAACCUGGUUAAUUUGACUCUGGAGUUCUCAUAAAUCUGACAGAUUAACAUUUGUUGUGUUUCAGAGAGGGAAAUUUUGCGUUCUGCUGGUAACGGCCUUAGAACUACCUUUGGGACAACUAAAUCAAGUUUGUCACUUAACCUGCAUUUUGCCUUGUACUCUCAGCCCUAUGGUUUCACAGGCUCUGACUGCACUGUGUAUAGUCUUAACAGUUGCCAUAGGCAUGGGAAGUAUUCAAAGUUCAGCUGUGUGGGUCUUCAACAGCAUCAUCAAGUUUAUUUAGCGGGCAGCUUGACUGGCAGCCUGACUGGCCAAUGGUAUGUGCCAAUAUCGGAGAAGCGAAAACAAGACAGACAACGCAGCACCCAAAUAAUUUGUAAAAAAAGAAGCUCCUCCAUCCAAAUAAUACUCAAGGAGAUGAUGUUGAAUAAAUAAAAAAUGACAAAUCUGAGCAGUGAGUAGUUAAAACCAGCACAGUUGUUUAAAAAAAAAAAAAAAACCUGCUGCGAAGGGAAGCAUGUUAUUAGCUUGACAACUCAAAUGUCGGUGUGUGGGGCUGAACAAAGCCAAGGAGGUUGACUAAACAAUUUAAAGACUUCCUGAGUCUUGGGAUGACUAGAGUGAUCCUACAGUUUUAAUGUUCACUGUUCAGACUGCCAUCCUCAAAAACCUCGGAAAAGAUGAUGGCCCAAUAGAAAGGCCAUUUACAAAAAAGAUAUAACAUACAAAAGAGCCUCAUCCUCUUUUAUAUUUGCUGUGUGUGCAUAUCAAUGUUAACACGCCGUGUGCACAUGCAUAUGCAAAAAGCAACACAUAUACAAACACGCAUGUGUGUAUAUAGACACCAAUAUAUGCGUCUAUUUUGUGUGUUUUUAUAUGCGUUUUAUGUACUGGUCUGGUGUACACUGGAAAAGAUGAGAUUUGUUGCCACUCAAGUCAUUGUUUGCCCCAUCAUGAAUCUAACCAAUAAUAAACAUUUUAAGAGAAUGGA